AUGAACGAGUCGGAAAGUAUUGCCAAAAAGUUAGCCCAAGAAGAAGAAUGGCUAGCAAACUUCAAGAAGAAUGUAACGAAAAGUGCCCAAAUUCGUGAAGGAAUUGUGAAAAUCGUUGAUAAAUUCGAUAAUCGAUUGACUUCACUCGAGAAAAAUGUACUUCCAAUGCAUAUUUCAAAUGGACAACUGCAAAAGAAACAACAUAGUAUGUUUGCAAAAGAAUUUUUCAUAUUGGAUAUUUUAUUUUAGAUAUUCAACGAUUAAUCAAUACAAUUGAUGCAACACUUCAGUUUUAUGGAAAAACAUCGACUGUUGAAAAUGCGAUUCGAGAUGGAAAUCCAUUGAUUGAUUUGAAUGUAUAUUUAGAAAAUAUGGAAUGUCUUCAACAAGCCAUCAACUUUUUCGAAAAUCAUCCAAAUUAUGCUAGUCAAACGGAAAAUAUGGUUUGUUUAUUAUUUUAAAAACUUUACUGAUUUUGAAUAAUAUUACAGAAGAUGACACUUGAUACAGGAUUCACAAUUCUUGAAAAAGCCUAUAAAACGAUUAUUCAGAAAAAUGGAGUAACAGUUGAUCCAGCUAAUUUUCUAAUUAAAAAUCAAGAAGGAAAUAAUGAAACACCUAAAUCGAAUGAUAUUAAAAUAAUUGCUGAUGAAGAUCAAAUUAUAAAACUAGGAAAUUGGUUGCUCAAAGAACAACGUGUUCAUUUCCUCACUCAUUAUUCGGAUAUUCGAAGUGCACAGAUUCUUAAAAACAUAAAAUUGAUCGGAGAAGCUCAGGCAAAACUUCGAAUUGGCGAAGCUUCCAAAAAAGCGUUAGUCAUUUAUUAUAACACUUACAAUUAGGAAAGAAUAAAUCAAUUUUCCAGGCAAUUGGCUCGAAAAGUUCAACACAAAACAAUUCCUGAUUCAUCAAUUGAUAUUGAAAGUUGUAUUGCAAUAUCGAAUAGUCUUCUAACUUUGCUCGAACUUGAAGAAAGAUUUAUGGUGAAAGCAAUUCCAGAUACAUCAAGAAGAGCACAAGUAUUCAGAGAAUUAGUUGCUAAACCUUUAUCUUUUACAUUGUCUCAAACACAAAAAAUUGUGAAUGAAAGAGAUGUUGGAAUUAUUCCAUUAUUACCUUUAUUACAAUUAUUAUCACAAAAUUAUUCAAGAUUUCACAAUUUGGCUACAGUAAGUUUCAAAAAAUCACCAUUUGAAUACAACUUAUAUUUUUUUAGAAUAGUAUUGGAGAUAUGCACUUUGAUAAUUUGAUACGACAACUUCAAGUGAAAUGUUCAUCAUAUGUAAAUGAAGCUAUUGAAAAUCUGAAUGAAGAUUCAUCUAAAUUCGUGCCUUCUGAUGGAAAUGUUCACUCAACAACAGCCAGUGUAAGUUUUUUUCAAAAAACAUAUUUUUUCAAUUCUUUCAAAUGGCUUUUUAGACAUUGAAUUUCCUAUCUUCGCUUACUCAUCAUCGAGGUACAGUCACAAAUCAAGUUCUUGCAAUAACAGCUCAACAAGGACCAACUCAACUUCUUCUUCCAAAACUUUUCGCCAGAAUUCUAUCAGCUCUUGGAAGUUUUUUGAAGAAAAAGGCAAAUCUUUAUGACGAUCCAACUCUUUCAACAAUUUUCUUGUUGAAUAAUUAUAAUUAUAUUGCAAAGGUAAAGAUUUCAGUGUUUCGUCUUACUUUUUAUUGAAAGUUUAAAAUUUUCAGACCUUGGCCGAUGAAAAAGAUGGAAUUUUACCAGCAAUAACUGAACUCAACUCAAAUAUUUUGUCAUUUUAUCAAGAAGAAAUCAAUUCAUGUAUCAUAGAAUAUUUGAAAAGUUGGAAUGGAAUCGCAUUAAUUUUGAAAUCAGUUGAUAGAAUUGGAGAAGACAAACAAAUGGCUAAAAAUAUUAUGAAUGUUAGUUUUUAUUCAAUUUUUCAAAAAAAAAAGUCAUUCUCAUUGUCAAUUCUAUUUUCACAGACAUUUGUUCGAGAAUUCGAUCAAGUUCUUUUACAACAAACAGAUUACUGUAUUUCUGAUCUUCAAGCCAUUGAAAAUGUUCAAAAUCAAGUAAAAUCAAGAAUUUGGAAAAACUACAGUACACUUUUGGAUAGUUGCCAACGACUUCAUGCUUUUCCUCAAGGUAUCAAAUAUACUGAAAAUACUUUUGAUAUGGCAAUUCGAAAUCUUUUCUCAUCUGCAAAAAUGAUUUGA